CUAUAAAAUAUAAUUAAAAGAUUCUCGGGAUCACAAAAAAUCCGGCGAGGAUCCUCUUUUCUUGGGAUGUAUGUCAAUUCAAGUGUGAUUUGAACUCCACACAAAGUGUGUACCAGAAGUAAUCAUCCACUGUUUUGCUUCCAUCCUCCACUGUGAGUUCUAUGGCCGCAACUGUUUCACUCUCGUUCUCUUUAGAUCCGCAGCAGCAGCACCACCACCACCACUGCCAUCUCUACCACUUCAGUCCCCGCCAAACUCUUCGCUUCCCUCCGUCAACCUCCUCAUCUCUUAGUCUUCCCCCCAAAUACCCACUUUCUUUUUUCCCCAAUUCAGACCGUUUCUCCUUCAAGUCUUCCUCCUCCCCAUCUCAUUCUCCCACUACCACCACCGCUACUGAUUCCACUAAUACUGAUUCCGCUGCUACUACUUCAACAGCUGCGUCAUUCCUUGAAUACCCACUUCGAACAUGUAAGUUUCUGAGCAAUGAAGAGCUCGAGCAGCUCAAACUCCUCGAGGGUUUCAGGUAUUACCAGGAAUUGGAAUCUGGGUCGAUGUGGGUUCGGGUGAUGAGGCCUGAAGAGUUGGACAUCACCGUUGGGUUGCUCGCCGAGUCGUUUGCGGAGUCGAUGCUUUUGCCUUCUGCGUAUGUGUCUGUGCUGGCAUACUUGGUCAAGCAGUACUUGUUUGAGAGAAUGGAGCUGGUUCCAAACACUGCCACGCUCAUCGGGUUUUACAGAAGAAAAAAAGAAGAGGGAAAAGCAGAAGAAGAACAACUGGAAGAAGUAGAAGAUGAAGUUGAGCUUUUGGCGGGGACUGUGGAAGUUUGCUUUAACAAAAAGGGGGCCAAUGCUUCUCCUCCCACACCAACUCCUCCUAAGAAUUCGCCUUAUAUAAGUAACAUGGCCGUGAAAAAGUCGCUUCGGAGGAGGGGCAUUGGCUGGCAUCUUUUGAAGGCAAGCGAGGAACUAAUCUCGCAGAUGAGUUCCUCAAGAGAGGUGUACUUGCAUUGCAGGAUGAUUGACACAGCUCCAUUCAACAUGUAUAAAAAAGCAGGAUACGACAUUGUAAAGACGGAUAACAUUUUGGUUAUGUUGCUGUUGCAGAGGCGCAAGCACUUAAUGUGCAAGAAAAUUCCAGUCUUAAACAGCUUUUCGGAAUCAGAUACGUCAUGUUCUGAAGAGGAAUCAACACCAUGAAUGUAUAUAUGUGAACAUCAUAAUAUGUGUCUCUGAGGAUAGAUGAUUAGAGGCCUUGAGGUUGUGAAGAUUAUCCAGCUCGGUUGACGUCUUUGUAGAAUGCUUGAUCCUAUGUGCCGAUUGCUUGCAUUUUAUAAUGUGUAUGGUAGAGUCCUGGCCUGCUGCAGGUAAUCUCAUCAGGCAUGUCUAUUUCUUGUAUGUCAUAUGUAGUCCUAGACUCCUAACCUUAAUGCAAACAUAUAGUUCAAUGACCAUAUCCACUCUAGUUUUGGUACAUGUGAGUUAGAAAUUGUACAUACGUAAUCCUGAAGUGCAAUAAAAGUUCUAGAAUUUGCUCCAAAUAAUCCCUCCCUCCCUCCCUCCCUCCAUUUUCUUUUCUAGCUUUGGCGUCUGUUGCUUCAGUAAUGUGCUUUUUUUUUUCUUGAAGAAUUUGAGUAAAUAGAUUAAGAAACGAUAGAGAUGCAUGAAAUUGUAAUAUGCUUCUCUCUGCCUUGUGACUCUGUAAACUCAUACGGAAAACAUAUAUAAAGUACAAAUUACAUAUACUCUGAGUUUAACAGUAUAUAAUUUACAAUCGCAAAGGUUGUAAAGUUUCCAAAAUAUAGUGAUACAAGAAAAUGAUCCCCUCUUAUCUUUGAUUUCAUUCAUUAUUAAUUUACGUCGUAGACUCCCUUGGUCUUGUACAAGAAAACCAACUUCAGUUUGAUCAUUUUCGUGAUGAAUUUCCAGUCUAAUAUAUGUAGUCAAUUGCAUUCUCUAUUUCUCAAUCCUUAUCAAAUUCUCUUCGUGGGUCUUGUUUUUAAGAUCAUAGGUCACCAAGCUUUGAAGAUUCAUCAAUUCUUUUAUUAGAAGAAGUAAAGGAUUUCAAUUUUGUUGUACAUAAUCUUCACCCUGCAAUUAGAACGUGCGUCUAUUGGGAGCCACGGCCACUCCCAAGCUUUUUGCAUUUGUAUAGAUUAUCAGCUGGAGCUCUUUUACGCAUUCUGCCAUGGAAGGUCUCUCACUGCUCUCAGGACGCACACACCGUGAUGCCAGGUUUGCAAACAUAGCUAUAGAUUCCAUGGUGUAUGAACUUCGACCCAUCUCAGAAUCUAUCACCUUGCGUAGUUUCUUCCGAUCAUUCAAUAUGUGUCUUACCUGUAACAUAUGAACUUUGGUCAUGUUUAACGACCUAAUGUACUUAACCAGAGUAGGAUUAGGAGUGAGAAAAGAUUUCCUACCUGUAGCACAAGGUUUUGAUCAUUUGGUCCCAAGGUAAUGUCAACGGCUUGACGCCCAGUCAGAAGUUCAAGAAGAACCACUCCAAAUGCAUAAACAUCACUUUGUAAAGUGAGUUUUCCGGUCUGUUUCCAAAUACACCUCUUAUUGUAUAAGUGUAGCAUUGUUUUUUUUCUAUGAAUAAUAUGAUCAAAAAUAUCUUACGAGCA